AUGGCGGGCGGGCGGGCCGGGCCGGGGGCGCUGCUGGCCCUGCUGGCGCUGCGGGUGCUCGGGGCGGCGGCGCACCCGCAGUGCCUGGACUUCAGGCCGCCCUUCCGGCCGCCGCAGCCGCUGCGCUUCUGCGCGCAGUACUCGGCCUUCGGCUGCUGCACCCCCGAGCAGGACGCGGCGCUGGCCGGCCGCUUCGGAGCCCUGGCGGCGCGAGUGGACGCCGCCGAGUGGGCCGCGUGCGCCGGCUACGCGCUCGACCUGCUGUGCCAGGACUGCUCGCCAUACGCGGCCCACCUCUACGAUGCCGAGGACCCGUCGACGCCCCUGCGCACCGUGCCCGGGCUCUGCGAGGACUACUGUCUGGACAUGUGGCAGACGUGUCGGGGCCUGUUUCGCCACCUGUCGCCUGACCGAGAGCUCUGGGCCCUGGAGGGCAACCGGGCCAAGUUCUGCCGCUACCUGUCGCUGGACGACGUGGACUACUGCUUCCCCCACCUGCUGGUCAACGAGAACCUCAACUCCAACCUGGGCCGCGUGGUAGCCGAUGCCAAGGGCUGCCUGCAGCUGUGCCUGGAGGAGGUGGCCAACGGGCUGCGCAACCCCGUGGCCAUGGUGCACGCACAGGACGGCACCCACCGCUUCUUCGUGGCCGAGCAGGUGGGGCUGGUGUGGGCCUACCUGCCCGAUCGCUCGCGGCUGGAGAAGCCCUUCCUGAACAUCAGCCGAGCGGUGCUCACCUCGCCCUGGGAGGGCGACGAGCGGGGCUUCCUGGGCAUAGCCCUCCACCCCAGCUUCCGGCACAAUGGCAAGCUCUACGUCUACUACUCAGUGGGGUUUGGCUUCGACGAGUGGAUCCGCAUCAGCGAGUUCCGGGUCUCCGCGGACGACAUGAACACCGUGGACCACGGCUCGGAGAGGAUAAUCCUGGAGAUCAAAGAACCAGCCUCGAACCACAACGGGGGCCAGCUGCUGUUCGGGGACGAUGGGUACCUCUACAUCUUUACUGGUGACGGCGGGAUGGCCGGAGACCCCUUUGGGAAGUUCGGGAAUGCUCAAAACAAGUCGGCGCUGCUGGGCAAGGUGCUGCGCAUCGACGUGGACCGCAACGAGCGCGGCCCCCUCUACCGCAUCCCGCGCGACAACCCGUUCGUGGGCGACCCCGCUGCGCGGCCCGAGGUCUACGCCCUGGGUGUGCGCAACAUGUGGCGCUGCUCGUUCGACCGCGGCGACCCAGCGACAGGAGAGGGCCGCGGGCGCCUCUUCUGCGGAGACGUGGGCCAGAACAAGUUCGAGGAGGUGGACCUGGUGGAGCGCGGCGGCAACUACGGCUGGCGCGCCCGCGAAGGCUUCGAGUGUUACGACCGCAAGCUCUGCGCCAACGCCUCCCUUGAUGACAUCCUGCCGAUUUUCGCCUAUCCGCACAAACUGGGCAAGUCUGUCACGGGAGGCUAUGUGUACCGGGGCUGUGAGUACCCCAACCUGAAUGGCCUCUACAUUUUCGGCGAUUUUAUGAGUGGUCGCCUGAUGUCCCUCCGAGAGAACGUGGAGACAGGCCAGUGGCGGUACAGCGAGAUCUGCAUGGGUCGAGGCCAGACCUGUGCGUUCCCGGGCCUCAUUAACAACUACUACCCUUAUAUCAUCUCCUUUGCUGAGGAUGAGGCUGGGGAGCUGUACUUCAUGUCAACAGGUGUGCCAAGUGCCACGGCGGCCCGUGGGGUUGUCUACAAGGUGAUCGACCCUUCCAGACGGGCACCUCCCGGCAAGUGUCGGAUCCAGCCUGCCCAGGUGAAGGUGAAGAGCCGCCUCCUCCCAUUUGUGCCCAGAGAGAAGUUCAUCCGGAGGGCAGAGAGCACCCCACGGCCCACAGCGCGUGCACCCACCCAGGCGCCCCGCCGCGGACGCCCCACAGCUGCUCCGCCCCUGCCCACCCUGCGGCCCGCACGGCGCACCCCGCAGCCUGCACGGCCCACCCAGCGGCCUGGGGGCCGGAGGGGUGGCGGGGGGCGGCGGGGGCGACCGGGCAUGGCGGACCCCUUGCCCUCAAACGGUGCAGUGCGCCUGGUGCGGCCUGCGGGCCUGAAUCCCGGCCGCGGGCGUGUGGAGGUGUUCGUGGGUGGACGCUGGGGCACCGUGUGUGACGAUGCCUGGGACAUCAAAGCGGCUGCCGUCGUGUGCCGCCAGCUGGGCUUUGCUCAUGCCGAGCGGGCCACCAAGCGCGCUGAGUUUGGCGAAGGCCGCAAGCUGCCCAUCCUGCUGGAUGACGUGCGCUGCGCGGGCACCGAGCGCAACCUGCUGGAGUGCACGCAUGCCGGCGUGGGCACGCACAACUGCGAGCACCAGGAGGACGCGGGCGUUGUGUGCAGCCACGAGGACCCUGACCUGUAGGCGAGCACCAUCCGUCCGGUUGCAGCCUGGCAGGGCUUCCCCGCCCUGAGUGCGCCCAAGGCGCGCACCACUCUGCGGGCAGAGGCGUCCCAUCUGUAACGCUGUCCUGUGGACGCGUGUGAGGUGUGUGCAGUGCUCACGUGCUCUGUGUCCCUGCCUGUGUGUCUCCCGCAGACCAGAAGCCACAGCGUGUUGGGGUCUGUGUGGCCACGGGCCCCAGGUUUUCUUUUCUUACCUCCAAACAUCUCCGGUUCGUGUAGGAACACAGUCUGGCCAUGGACACUGAGUACUGAUGGCUACUACCUGUGAAGGGCAGACAUGGUCCUUGGCCAUAUUAACAGAGGCAUAGCUGGCAGAUUGAAGGAGGGGAUCAGGACUGACCUGCCCAGGGCUAGAGUGGAAGGCCCUGGACCAUCUGGAACAUGGCCUAAAGAAGGUGACUCAGAGAGCAUGGGCAGGUGGCCUAGCAGGUAGAGGUUCUGAGGAGAACAGGAAGGUAUCCAGUGGGGCAAAGGGAAGCUGUCAGCUGGAUGGGUCCAGGGUGAACUGUGGGCAUGGCCAUCUGAGCAAGGAACAGGCUUGCUUGAGGUGGGGUGGCUGGGGGAGGGGGUUUCUGGAUGACCCCUGGGAGAAGCCUCUUGGUCAUCUUGGACUUCAUCAUCAUGCUGGGUCCAUGGGUGUGCUCUGGGGACUCUGUGGGACAGCAGCCACCCACCUGGGCACUCCAAGCACCGUGGCCCCAGUGAGUGAGUGGAGUAGCAGGUUUCUCUAAAGGCUGUAUUGAGGCCACAGAAGCCACCUUGGUCAUCUCCAUCCCCACACUGCGGUGAAAUCCCAGGGGACCCUCUGACUCCUCCAGCAUCUCCCACCCCACCCUACCCCCCGCAAAUGUCCAAAAAGACUACUGAUGCUGUCACCUGAAGCUGUGCUAAAAACGUGACUGUUUACAACCCCCUUCCUGCCUCCUCUCUCUGACCUGUACUGCCUGGGGGCUGGAGAUGGGGGUGGAGGAGGGGGCUAGGCCUGGAGCCUCCCUCCUGCUCACAGGGGGAUGUUCCUUUGCCCACCAAGGGCCUCCAUCCUGCCCCCGUGCAUCAAGUACAGUUGGGCUAAGCUUCUGAUAGGGGAGCAGAGGGGAUAAGCAGAUGGUCUCUGGGCGGUGGGGACAGGGUAUAGCCCAUGUCAGGGUCUGUGAGGUCUCUGGGGGUGUCAUCCCAGCUCAGCCUGUCCAUUAUUCUGAGAGCUGAGCCAGAACUUAGGGUGGUGCACCCAGCAGAGACAAUGGUGCGGGCGAGUCUGGGGGGUCUCCUGGCUGCUCGCCGAGGCUGAGUGUGGAGUACAGGACUGCCGAAGAAAG